CUCGUUCGCUUUCUCUCCGUGCUGAAUCGCGGCGGUGGGUCGAGUCGCCGCCGCUGAUGCUGGUAUCUCCGGUCGGGCACGUUUAACGUUUCACCUCCCCCUUCAUAUUUACCAUUCAUAUCAAUCGUGUCCCGUUCCGUGUGCUGAAAGAUAAAGAUGGCAGCGGUGGCCCGCCUGGAGGGCCGUGAGUUUGAGUAUGUGAUGAAGAAGCGCUCGGUGACGGUGGGUCGGAACUCGUCACAGGGCUCGGUGGACGUGAGCAUGGGCCACUCGAGCUUCAUCUCCCGCCGGCACCUGGAGGUCUUCAGCGCCGCCGCGGAGGUCACGGGCUCGGGGGAAUUCUAUCUGCGCUGUCUGGGGAAGAACGGGGUGUUCGUGGACGGGGUGUUUCUGCGGCGGGGGGCGCCACCCCUGCAGCUGCCGAGAGUGUGCACGUUUCGGUUCCCCAGUACAAACAUCAAGAUCACAUUCACUGCGCUGGCGAGCGUCAAGCGUGAGAAGCAGGAACCGGAGUCUCCAGUGAAAGCGGUUCAGCCACAGAUCUCCCCUUUAACCAUCAACAUCCCCGAUAACAUCGCUCACCUCAUGAGUCCUCUGCCCUCGCCCACCGGCACCAUCAGUGCUGCUAACUCGUGUCCAUCCAGUCCGCGUGGUGCGGGAUCGUCCGGCUACAGGCUGGGCAGGAUCGUGCCUGACCUGCAGCUCAUGAAUGAGAACGACAAGGAGGCGUCAGGAGGGGACAGCCCAAAGGAUGACUCCAAGCCCCCGUACUCGUACGCUCAGUUGAUCGUUCAGGCCAUCACGCUGGCGCAGGACAAGCAGCUAACACUAAACGGCAUCUACACACACAUCACCAAGAACUACCCGUACUACAGGACGGCAGACAAGGGCUGGCAGACGGCUGAAGAUGUCAGUUGGCAGUAUGAAUGCAUCUCUCUCUUUCAGAACUCGAUUCGCCAUAACCUGUCGCUGAACCGUUACUUCCUCAAAGUCCCGCGCUCACAGGAAGAGCCGGGCAAGGGCUCCUUCUGGAGGAUAGACCCGUCAUCUGAGAGCAAACUGGUGGAGCAGGCAUUCAGGAAACGCCGGCCGCGGGGCGUCCCGUGCUUCAGGACCCCGCUGGGACCCCUCUCAUCCAGGAGCGCCCCGGCGUCGCCCAACCACUCGGGCGUUCUCUCCGCCCACUCCAGCGCCGCCCAGACCCCCGACAGCCUAUCACGAGAAGGCUCACCUGUUCCCAUGGAGCCAGAGCCCGCCUCUGCCCCGCCCCCUGCUCCUCCAGCUGCUAUCCAACCCAAACUAGCUGUGAUUCAAGAGACCCGAUUUACCCAGAACACCACAGCGUCUCCCAUCACCUCUCAGCCUGUUCUGAUCGCGGUCCAGCGGUCGUUAGCUCAGACGAUCAAACCCGUCACGUACGCUGUGGCCGCCCCCAUCACGUCCCCCACGUCUGCGCAGACGCUGAUGCAGACGCUGCACGUGGUGCAUCAGAUCCCCGCGGUGGCCGUCAGUGCCGUCGGUGGAGCAAACCUGCAGCCCGCCGUCAAAGCAGAAGCGCUGGAGAACGGAGACGAGGUCAAAGUGAAGGUAGAGUCGGUUCCCGCCAUCAAUCACGGCUCGAUAGGCUCAGCCAAUAGGAUCAUUCAAAACAGCACUGCAGCCACGCCCCUCCAGACGGUUACCAUAGUGCAGCAAGCCCCACUGGGUCAGCACCAGCUGCCAAUCAAAACCAUCACCCAGAACGGCACUCAUAUGGUGCCCAUCACCACGGCCAUACAGAGCCAGGCUAACACAGUGUCGAGUCCGUUACACAUGUUGGCCGCUCACGCCUCGGCAUCCGCCUCGCUCCCCACCAAGAGACAGAACGGAGAGAACGGGAGCGAGCCGCCGGAGAGCAAGCGAAUGAGAACCCAGGACGAGGAACACCACGUCACCUCCGACCCGAACACAAACUCCACCAACCAGCAGCACAACUAGUCAGCCACCUCUUCCCCUCCCCUUCCUCCUUCUCUAGUCUCCUCUUUUCUCAUCCCGGUUUCUCCUCCGUCCAGCAGCUCAUGGUGCCAAAACUCAAGGCCUGGACAAUAACUCUUUGAACCGAAGCAAAAAACAUCAAAAAAAGAACCAAAUGCAUAAAAUGCGAUCCGUUACUGUCUGUUUCUGUAGCAAACCUUCUGCCUGUUUUCCGUUGUAUCUCUCGAAUGCCUGAUUGAACAAAAACUCACACCAGAGCAACUGCCAUCUGGCCCAAUACUGGGCAUUUUAUUACAGACCCUGGAGGCGUUCGAUCGGCAUGGAUUCCGUUCCUUGGGAGUCAUGGGGGUUUUUAGGGAAAAAUGUGGGCUUUGUGAUGUGCGAUGCCCUCCAGAUGUGCAGAUGUUGAUCCCAUCGAAGGAUUCUAUAACCUCUGGAACUCGUGUGUUGCUCACAGCACACUUGGGAAUUCCAGAACUCCCACUUGCGGAAUCCCGAUUUUAUUUUAUUUAUGUAUUUGUGUGUUUUUGCCGCUGACGGCGGAACACGGGCUCCGAUCCAACAUUCCAAAGUUUGGCAGCCCACCUCAGAAGGUGGAAAGCCAAGAGGAUGACCUGGAAUGCAGUUACACACCAUGAACCACAAAUAGGUUGUUGUCUUUUUUUUAAAGUAGCGCAUACUAGGGCUGAACGUGGAGCCAAAGGGAUCAAAAUAUUCCGAAACACAUCAGAUAUUCCUGAACUCUCGGCAGCUAGCCUGACAGCAUCCCCCAGCCAUCGUAGUGGAUAAUAUGCAGUAUUUUGUUGUUCAUACGUGGAGCAUAGGAUCUGGGCGAGUUUUCAGUUAUAGAGACGUAAUAAUAACAAUAUAUAUAUGAGCAGAAGUGGACAUCCUGGACUGUGUGUGUUUUCUGUUUUGUGAAACCAAGCGUAGUUUCUUUUCUAAGAUGGAUAAAAAUGUAUCAGUGGAGUAUUUCCUUCACGUGUUUUCCCUUUUCUGUUUGUUUUUAAAUCUGAGCAAAACCGUCUUUGUUACACCGACAUAUUUUCAUCCAGGUGCUGGAGUGGACGUGUCACUUCCAUGUGCAGUCGAACUGUUUUCAUCCAGCAUGCAUGUAACAGUCCAGACACAUGUACCUGAGCCGGCGAUUUAAACAUCUCA